AUGGGAACCAGCGAUGUCCAGGAUCUAGGAUCUCUGCUUUUGAUCAACAUUCCUGAUUCAAAAACGCAUAAGAAACGAUCGUUUACAGUAAUUGGAGAACCUUACACAAGCAUCUGUAGAAAAUAUGUUUCGCUGAGACUAGAAAAUAUUCCGGAACGACAGUACACAGGACACUGUCUUCGGCGCACUUCAGCUACACUGCUUGUGGAUAGUGGAGCCAAUCUUACAUGCUUAAAAAGACAUGGAGGUUGGAAGCCCAGCAGUGUAGCUGACGGCUAUAUUGAAGACUCUUUAGCCAACAAGAAAGAAAUAGCAACUAAAAUUUGA